AUGGCUACCUUGUUCCUCUUCGCGUUCGUCUUGCUUGUCAUAGGAUGGUUUGGUUGGCAAAGAAGUACGAAAAACAGCAGCUUUUAUGAAACUUUACCUUGCGUUGGUGUUCGAAAGGAUGAGUGGUUUGCAUGGACCAGAGCAAAACUGCGCAGCUUUUCAAAAACAGAAGAGUGGAUGAAGGAGGGGUAUGAGAUGUACUCGCGACACAAUCAUCCUUUCAUAAUCGCCUCAUUCCGAAAAGGCAAGGUCCUCAUUCUUCCUCCGGCCCAACUCAAGGCCAUCUACAACAAACGCGAAGAUGAGCUGCUGGCCCACGAUCCAGCCUCAGAAGCGUUAUCUUUUGAAUGGACAAUCCGCGAUCGAGAAGUCUACCCGAGCAGUUCCACCGUGGAUGUGAUUCGCAAGUGGAUUACCAAGAAAUUCGAGGAGUUUGCAUCAGAAUUGCAAGAGGAACUGUGCCUUGCAGUGGAUGAGCAAUUUGGCAUGAGUCAAGAGUGGAGAGAGGUGAAGCUCUGGCCAGCGGUGCAGAGGAUAUUCACGCGGGGCCUGAACAGAGUUCUUGUUGGAUUUCCACUAUGCAGAGACGAAGCGUUCCUUGAGACUAUGCGCCGGUUUGCCAUCGACAUGCCGUUCCAGGAACUCUACAAGCGAGAAGCCGGUAAGUGGGUUAUUUUCACCUUUAGAGUUCUGCUCAAAGUAAUGCAGGUCAACAUCCUCCAAUGGAUCAUAGAAGCCAGCGCCGCGACGGGCGAUCCGUCACAACUCGAAACACACCGUAUAGGCCAUCGUAUGAUGGUUCUCAACUUCAACCUCGUUCAAGGCGGAUCGAUCCCCUUUAGUACCGUUCUCAGCGACAUCUGCAACGGCGCACACGCAGCCUCGACCUUCUCUCAACUCCGCGAUGAGGCGGCAUCAGUCCUGGCUUCUACCAAGAUCUGGGAUCGCGCCACAAUAUCCAAGCUCGUUCUUGCCGACUCAGUAAUUCGCGAGUCAAUGCGCUGGUCCGACUUUGGUCUCUUUGCCCUCCCGCGCCGCGCCAACUCUCCCGGUAUAACUCUCGACAAUGGCAUUCACGUUCCGCCCGGUGUCCAUAUCGAAGUCCCGAUGCAUGGUAUACAUAUGGAUGAAAGCUUCUACGCAGAUGCAACCACUUUCAAACCGUUUCGGUUCGCGGAUGGGACUUCGCCGUCUCGUUCUGCUGUGACUCUCGACGACAGUUUCCUUGGAUUCGGUUAUGGGAAGAACGCAUGCCCAGGGCGGUUCUUUGGCUCGCAUGUCAUGAAAGUUGUUUUGGCGUAUCUUGUUAUGAAUUAUGAUGUAGACUUUGGGGAUGAGGAACCUCCGAUGCAGACUAUGUGGGAAUAUAGAAUCCCAAGGGAGAGCACUGCCAUCAAGAUUCGCAGGAGGGUACAGGCGCGCAACGCCACUUGA